UCUCACCUGCGAAGACUUCUUAGGAAGAUGCAGCUGCUCUUGCUUCUGUUGCCUUUUUUUCUGCUCCCCAGGACAAGGGCAGGGGAGAUCAUCGGGGGACAUGAAGCCAAACCCCACUCUCGUCCUUACAUGGCCUACAUUGAGCACUUCUAUGCUGGUGGAUAUUCGAUCUGUGGUGGCAUCCUGAUACACGAGAACUUUGUGCUGACUGCUGCUCACUGUUUCAACAGAACUCUGGAGCACAAAAAAACAAAUGUUUUGCUGGGGGCUCACAACCUCAGGAUAGAGGAGAAGACUUCGCAGAUCAUACAUAUGAAACAGCGCUUCCCACACCCACACUUCAUUCCUGAACUGUCUAUAAAUGACCUCAUGCUGCUGCAGCUGGACAAAAAGGCCAAGCUGACUAAAGAGGUGCAGAUUCUAAAGCUACCCAAGGGAGAAGCCAAGGUGAUGCCAGGUGCCGUGUGCCAGGUGGCUGGAUGGGGAAUGUUGGCCCCUGACAUAUUUGCAAACACUCUGCAGGAGGUGGAAGUGACAGUGGUAAAGGAUGAGGAGUGUAAAAGCUGCUAUCCUAUAUAUAACAGUGCUACUGAGAUCUGUGCUGGGGACCCAAAGACUCCAAAAGGCUCCUUUCUGUGUGACUCUGGAGGCCCUCUCGUGUGUGAUAAUGUGCUUCAUGGCGUGACCACCUAUGGGCAUGAAUACAGAGAGAAAAGUGGGGCAAAUCCACAUGUCUACACCAAAGUCUCUCCAUAUCUAGCCUGGAUAAAGCAAGUCAUAAAAAGCACUCACUUGGGUGAGCAAACAAAGAACCCUGUCUGA